GGCUGGGGGUCACGGUUCUUGGUUCUGCGAAGGUUUCUGCAAGAACGGAUACUCAUGCUGUGGAUCAGGUGUGGAGGUGGUCUCUUGAGAGCCGCACUUCACCGCAGAGUCCUACGUCUUCUCCUGCUGGAGCCACUGUCUCUGCAGUCCUGGGGUUUUCUUUCAUGACUGUUUUCUUCAAAAUGAGUGUUAGCAUCACCUUCAUAAGACCUUUUGCUAGAGUUGUGGUGCCAUUUACCCUUAACAAGAAGAGAAGUGUUUUAUAUUCAUCGAUUCUUCAGAGAUACAUGUCUUCCAAAAUACCACCUAUGCCCUGUCCUGAUAAGGAGAGUACAUCACCUGAACAGCUGGAAUUGGAUGCGUGGAAAAUUACAAUGAAGUCUAGUGUACAAGAAGGUGUUUCAACAGUCUUAAGUACCAACGAUGAAGAUCCUUUAGUGGCCACCAGGGAGUUAAUUGAGAUGUGGAGAUUGCUUGGCAGAGACGUUCCAGAACACAUCAGUGAUGAAGAGCUCAAAACAAUUAUGGAAUGUGUUUCUAAAUCAUCAAAAAAAAAAUAUUUAAAAUUUUUGUAUGUUAAGGAAAAAAUGAAAAAAGCUAAGAAAAUUAAAAAGGAAAUGAAAGCAGCAGCAAAGGAAAAAGCAAAAGAAGACCAGCUACUAGAAACCACUAAGGAAAAUAAACAGCAAAACUUCCUAUUUCUACGACUUUGGGAUAGGAAUAUGGACAUAGCAACGGACUGGAAGGGUGCCCAGGCCAUGCAGUUUGGGCAACCUUUGGUUUUUGACAUGGUUUAUGAUAAUUACAUGAAACCAAAAGAGCUGCAGAAUACUGUUUCCCAACUUUUAGAAAGUGAAGGACGGAACAGAAGAGAUGUUGAUCCUUUCCAUAUUCAUUUCUGCAAUCUUAAAACAGAUGGCCCUUUUUACAGAGAAUUAAUUAAACGUUAUGGAGAAAAAUGGAACAAACUGCUUUUAACAGCAACAGAAAAGUCAUACAUAGAUUUAUUUCCAAAGGACAGUAUUGUAUAUUUAACUGCAGAUUCUCCCAAUGUUAUGACUACUUUCAAGCAUGACAAAAUUUAUAUAGUGGGAGCUUUUGUUGAUAAGAAUAUACAGUCAGGCAUAUCCCUAGCCAAGGCAAAACGACUGAAUCUGGCAACAGAAUGCUUUCCGUUAGAUAAAUAUUUACAGUGGGACACUGGUACAAAAAAUCUCACCUUAGAUCAGGUAAUACGUAUUUUGUUAUGUCUGAAAAACAAUGGUAGUUGGGAAGAGGCUCUGAAGUUUGUUCCAAGGAGAAAACAUACAGGUUAUCUGGAGAUUCCUCAGUAUUCUCAAGAGUUUGUCAACAGAGGGAAGAAGUCAAAGAUUAUUAAGUCAUUUCAAAAAGGCUCUCUGAAUAUAUACACACAGAAAAGAUAACUUAAAAGAAUAUUCGAUAGCUUAAAAGGUAAAUAGAUUGGAAAUACAGUUGUUAGUCUCUUCCUGAAUGAAAUUCACUUGCUCUUUAGAAGUUGUCUUUUGAAACUAACUGAAGUAUUGUACUUUCCCCAAUUAAGUAAAAAUCUGCAAAACUUUGGAAAUGUAUAUAUAUCUUUUACUAUAAAAAAAUCUUGCCCUGGCUGGCGUAGCUCAGUGGAUUGAGCGCGGGCUGGGAACCAAAGUGUCCCAGGUUCGAUUCCCAGCCAGGGUACAUUCCUGGGUUGCAGGCCAUAACCCCCAGCAACCGCACAUUGAUGUUUCUCUCUAUCUCUCUGCCUCUAUCUCUAUCUCCCUCCCUUCCCUCUCUAAAAAUAAAUAAAUAAAAUCUUUUAAAAAAAUCUUAGUAAAAAGAGUUGUCUGGGUUUGUUGAGCCCAGUAAACCAGUAGUAUCAUGGCAUUUUAAUGAAUACUUUGAGUCUAUACCUCCAUUUUUCGUUCUAAAAUGUUCUUUUAGCUAUGUCAACAACUACCUUUUUAUCAAAAAUUGAUAGAGAAAACAUUUCUAAACUUCAAGUGGUCAUUCACUUAUUAAAGUAACAUUUGGUACGGUGCUGGGUAUGUCGUAGGCACUAAGGUAUAUUGUUUAACUGAACAUUAAACAAAAGGUCAGCAAUCCCAUAGCAGGUCAUGGGAUUUGGCUGUAUAAUGAAAAAAUGGGUUUGGAGAAAUAAAACUCAUUUCUUGUCCUCUUAAAAAAAAAGGUUUUAUUUGGUGAGUGUUACAUACAGUACUUCCUUUUCUAGGAAAUAGUUCUUUCUUCCAGCCACAUGAUUCAAAUGGAAGUUGCUUUAUUGUUACAGACCUAUCUCUCCUGGCCACAGCUGAUUAUCCCCAAGUAGACACCUCACUCAAGUUUAGAGAUGGGCAUCUGACUUUAAGGUAGACCCAUCACAACACUUUUCCAAGAUUUUUGGACUUGAGAACUAAGAUGGCCUGUGUUAAUUCCUUUCUGGUGGUAGACUUAAAUAAAAAGCUCUAGAAUUGGUGGUGGACAUGUCCUUUUUGGUGAAGGAAGCCAGGAGAGUGAAGCUUACCUGCAGAAAUAAGACCAAUUUCUGGAUCUGCUCAAAUCCAUGUUUCCAAUUGUCUCAGGUGUAGCUAUAGAUUUCCUUUAGCAUUUAUUGGUUGUUCAAACCUCAUGUGAUACCUUGUAUCCCUCUAAUACUCCUUUGCCUAAGCCAGUUUGAGUUAGGUUUCUGCCACUUGCUACCUAAUGAGUCCUAAUAUACUUGAGAAAAUGCUUGUUUCCUAAGAAGUGAACUUCAGGAACCAUAAUUACUAUAGACGAACUGCACCAUUAAAGUUGAAAACAUGGGGGGUGGGAAUAGAGAUAUAUGGAUGGCCAAGCGUUUCUACCUAGUUUCUGAAUUGAAAAUUAGCGUAAGAUGCUAUCCAAUACAUUUCUUAAAGCGGGGCCUAAAUUUUACCAAGUACUUAAGUACCUAUUUUGUUCCAAACAAUGCAGUAUACAUGAAUUACUUAAACAAGUUAUAGGUACAAUUAUUAAUAUCUUGUUUACAAAUAAGGAAAAUUUAUUCAAAAUAAUUCAGCCUUUAAAUAUCAUCUCAAAUAAUCUGUCUGACUUUAAAGUCCCAGCUUUUAACUUAUAAAUCAUGCACUCUAAUAAGGCAAGAAUAAAAUGCAAUGGAAAAAACAUGUCUAUGCCUAACCUAAAUGGUAUCAGGAAUGUCCUUGAGGAAGUGAUGUGUUAAUUUAGAAUUGAUGACAAGUGUGAUAUGAAUGAAUCUCAACUGUUAGACCCUAUUAAAGUGGCAAGGUGUUACCACUUGAACUGCUUGAGAUACACUGCAGUUAAAAUAGCAUAGAGAUUAAAGAAUAAGAGGUUAAGAUUUCCUGGCAGGGUCAGCACUAGAGUGAGGCAAACAAGGCUCCUAGGGGCACCUCACUAGUCUCCCAGCCUUAUUCCCAGGGUUCCAGCUCCACCCUGCAGCCUCUUGACAUUGCUCACAUUGCUUAAUCUCUUGAAAUUUUUUAUCCUCAUCUACAAAAAGACUAGAAUACUGUAUUUCUUGUGUAUAAUGCACUCAUGUAAUGCAUACCCACAUUUUUGUGCAUGUUAUAUACAGUACUAUUAUACCCAUUAUUACACCCAUGGUCUGUAAUCAUACCUGUGUAUAAUGCGCAUCCUUUUUUUUCCCCCUCAAAAAGUGCAUAUUACAGCAAAACAUGGUAGUUUUUGAUUCAUGUAAAACAUUAUGGUAUCUAGCACAUAGGUUUUUUUAAAGAUUUUAUUUUUAGGGG